CAUGUCUUGUGCACAUCUACGUCAUCAUUCAGUUUCUAGGCGCGAGAUAGAAAUCCAGGAGCGCGGACAACCCGGGCGCUCCUCUCCAGCUGGUUACAAGCUGCAACUUACCCUCCAACAACAGCACCGACCUACCAUCACAGCCACUAGCCUGCUCAUAAAAACUACAAACACGCGGAAUACAACGUUUUAUUACCAAAUAUUCAUGCACAUGACGUGCAACGAUAGCAAGACAAAUCGCCGUCUGGCCGUAAACAACAAAAACUGAGGGAAAUGUCUUGGUGGCCGCGCGGUGAGGAUGGGGAGGAGGCUUUGCAUCAGGACACAGAUUCUGAUGUGGCAGAACAGAGAGAUGGUGGGAAAGUGAAGGUGAAAUGGACACAAGAGGAGGAUGACAAGCUCAAGGUGCUGGUUCAAAAACUGGGAUCAAAUGAUUGGAAAUACAUUGCCAGCUACAUACCAACUCAUACUGAAAACCAGUGUCAGCACCGUUGGUUUAAGGUCUUGGAUCCAGAAUUGGUUAAAGGCCCUUGGACCAAAGAGGAGGAUGAGAAGGUCAUAGAGCUUGUAAAUCUCUACGGCAACAAACAGUGGGCAAUGGUAGCCAAGCAUCUUAAGGGCAGACUGGGGAAGCAGUGUAGAGAGCGUUGGCACAACCACCUCAAUCCCAAUGUGAAGAAGUCGUCAUGGACAGCAGAGGAGGACCUCAUCAUCUACAAGGCUCACUGCCUGCUCGGAAACCGCUGGGCCGAGAUCGCCAAGCUGCUCCCUGGAAGAACGGAUAACGCAGUGAAGAAUCACUGGAACUCAACCAUCAAACGUAAAUUAGAGAUGGGCUUCUAUGCUGGGGAGGUCUUUAGGCCAAAUGAACUUGAAGAGCUGUUGGCCCGUGUUAAUAAAGAUGUGCAGAUUCCCAGUUGCUCUCAAGACGGUGCAGAAAAGGAUCCAGAUCGGCAAACGCUGCCUUCGUUGCAAGAAACACCUGUCUCGGCCUCGAUCAAAGUCGAACCCAGCGAAGCAGGGCCAUCGAAGGCUGCUUCCUCUCCUGAGAACAGUUCAAGCCCCAAGACCGAAGCAGACACCACAGGAGAAAUGAGUGUUACCAGCUGGGUGGUGGACAGCUCUGGCUUUCUCUCCCCUACCGGCCCGGCACUCAAGGAAGUGCUGGACAUGGUGGAUGGUGACCUCGACGGCUGGUGCAACCUAGCAGCCUUUGACCUGCCCGAGGACAGUCCGAGCCCAGAGCGCCACCAGUUCCGUCUGGAGGGCAGCGCCUUGCAAGAGUUGAGCAAAGGCAACAAGGGCGAACUCAUCCCUAUCUCUCCCGGAGGGGUCACGCCACCUUCCAUACUGAACCGCCGAAGCCGGAGACGCAUCGCCUUGUCUCCUGAUGCCAACAACUCCAUGACACCCAAGAGCACACCUGUUAAAAUCUUGCCCUUUUCUCCAUCUCAAUUCCUCAACAUGUGGACCAAGCAGGACACUCAUGACCUGGAGAACCCGUCUCUCACAUCCACGCCAGUGUGCAGCCAGAAAGCCAUCGUUACUACACCGCUACAGCGUGACAAGACCCCCCUCACCCAGAAGGAGAACUCGGCAUUUGUUACACCCAACCACAAGUCCGAUCUCUGUACGACCCCACGGACUCCGACGCCGUUCAAAAAUGCCAUGGAGAAGUACGGGCCUCUGCAGCCUCUGCCUCAGACUCCAAACCUUGAAGACGACAUAAAUGAGGUCAUUCUAAGAGACUCUGGGAUUGAAUUGGUUGUUGUGUGUUCGACGCCACCAGAGCAAAGACGCAAAACAAUGCAUCGGCCUCCUAUGAAGAAAGUGCGGAAAUCACUGGCCCUAGAUGUCAUGGACUGCCAGGUGAUGAAUGCAUCCAAACGCAAAUCCACCAAAGCUGAAGCCAGACCCACCAUUAAGGAAGAACCGGUGAUAGUUUGUCUCAACUCCUCAUCCUUUUGCAGCAAGAGGCACGAAAAUAUUUUGGAUCAGGGUUUCCUUUUGGGACCUAGUGACAGUGACAUAUUUCCCAGCACGGUGCCCCCAGUUCCGAUGUCAAAAGAAUGGGAGACGGUUGUUUGUGGUCAAACUAAAGACCAGCUUAUAAUGACAGAGAAAGCGAGACGCUACCUUCGCUCACUAAAAUCCCAUGCUCCCAACCGGGCUCUGAUUCUGUCCUGAGACAUGGCUCAUCUUCACACCAACACUGUGCACAUGCAGAACUUCAUGUUGCUUUUGUUGGCGUUUCCUGUACUUUUUUUUUGCUGUAGUAAUUUGUGGUGGAGAAAAGCAACAUAGGUUUUGCAACGUUUUUGAACAAGUCAUUAGCAAACAAAAUACUGACAAUAUAUAGUGUGUAUAUAUAGUUCUAUCAAUAAUUUGAGAGAUAAUGGUGCUUUUAGAUUCAGUCUCCAACGGGCCUUGUACAAAGCUUAAAAAAAAAAGUUAUGAAUCUCAUGUCAUUGUAUUGUCACUUAAACAUGGAAAGAACAAUGAAUGUAUAAUUGACAAAAAAUCACGACAAUGUUGCUAUCACUGAAAAGAUAUGGUUUUACAUUGCAUAAUGUCUGUAAUUGAACAGGUUUUUUUAAAGCUGUGAUGAGUAAAAAUACUCAGGUUGUACCUCCAUAUCUUAAGUUGUGUUGUACAAAUUUAAUAUGGAGGCAAUUUAGACAUUUUUGAUCAGUAAUGCAUUCAGAGACGAGGGCUUAUCUAGAAAGUGAACAUUUUGCUUGGAAAAAUCAGUUUAGCAUGUGUCUAGAUUUAUAAAAUGCCA